CUUCCUAUGGCUCUGGGGGUGGCCUGCUCUGGGGUGCUGGGUCCCUGGGAUGCCCCCCUGCCAGGGGUCACUAGGCUCCCUCCCAGAUAUGGGGGGCUCCCUGGGUCCCCUGCACCUGGCCGCACUUCUCCCAGGCAGGUUGGGGGACAGAGGCGCUGCCAGAGCCAAUCCCAGUCCUGUGGGCUGGUGUUUAAUGGACGAGGCGCGUCCCUGGGUCACAGAUGGGGACUGAAGCUGAGAGAUGGAAGUGACUCCCCCAAGGUCAGGUGGGACGUCUGGCAGAGCCAGGGCUUGAAUCCAGCUCCCCUCAGCACCAGCACCAGCCCCUGUCCCUGGAUGAGCAUCGUUCUGCAUUCGUUUGUCUGGCUAAUGCUGUCCCUGCCAUGCAUGUUCUCCCUCCAUUGCCCCUGCAGGGGCCAGAACCAUUACAGGCCAGGUGCCCUAGUCUGGAACUGCCAGCUCCCUUCCUUCCCUCUUCAGACCCCCCCAAACUGGGUCGGCAACAUGCAGCUAUCACUUCCGUGCCACUGCAGGGUGCAGGAGCUUCCCCAGCCCUCACUCAGCUGUGUCUCAGGUGUUGCUGGCCUCUAAGGGUUUAGCCUCUGGUGUCCCUUCCAUGCCGUGAUGUUUAACCUCAUUGUCCUUCUGUUGCUGGCCUGUCACACACGAGCUGUCUUUGCUGAUCCAGGCAUGGUCCCGCUGCCCGAUACCGCCAUCGACUUCUCUGACCUGCGCAGCAACACGCCCCACAAGAGCGAGCGGAGCAAUGAGGACUGGACGGUGUGUAACCGCUGUGAGACGUACCGCCCGCCGCGGGCGCACCACUGCCGCAUCUGCCACCGCUGCGUCCGCCGCAUGGAUCACCACUGCCCCUGGAUCAACAACUGCGUUGGCGAGUUAAACCAGAAAUACUUCAUCCAGUUCCUCUUCUACACUGGGCUGGCUAGUCUCUAUGCCAUGGGGCUGGUGUUAACCACAUGGCUGUGGCCGGUCGACAGGAGUUUCCCCGGGAAGAUGGAAGGUGUGGCCGGAGGCGUCUCUAACAACCACGUCCAGAUGGCUCACUGCAUCGUCCUGCUGGUGGAGUCCAUCCUCUUCGGGGUCUUCGUCACCGUCAUCUUCUAUGACCAGGUGGUCUCUAUCAUCACGGACGAGACGCCGAUCGAGCAGCUGCGGAACCGGCUGCUGAAGGAGGCGCGCCGGGAGGUGGCACACACCCGGAAGCCGAAGAUCGCGCUGCUGCGGGAGGUGUUUGGACGGGGCUUUGUGAUGUGCUGGUUUUUCCCAUGUAACUGCAGCCCCCCAUCAGGCGGGGCUCCUGCCUACAGCUACCUGCCCAACUACGAUGUGUGACCUCCGUGGCACCUCUGCAGACGCUGCCUCUCCCGCCUCGGGGAGGGGACUUGUACUGCCAGUGGCUUUGCAGAACUUGCCACCAAACGGCUCAUUUGGGCCUGCCCAGCUGCUCCCUGGUGGCAGCCUGGGGCCAGGGUGUGGCUGCAGCGCCCGACUCUGCUGGGUCUGCUGUUCCCGGCCCUGCGACUCCUCCUGGGACAUGGUGCUCCUGUGAAGCUGAGAUCCUGAGCUGUGGAGGGGGCACUCUCCAGCCCCCUGCGCCAGACUCCCUGCAGCGCCUGGCUGCUCAGCGGGUCCCGGCACCCGGGGCAUGGGGAGCGGUCGCUUAGGCAGGGUGGGCCCCGUGCAUGACCCUUCUCCUGGAUCAGUGUUAGUGCGAGGGGGGCUGCCCCCCGAGGCUGCAGUCUGACACCCCCCUCUUGCCACAACUGCAUCUGGAUCCUAGCCCCCUCCCUGUGCCUGCCUCCCUGGAGCUGGGCACCCUGCCCCCGGCUGCCAGCACCUCGCUGCGCGGGGAUGGAGCCGGUUGUUCUCUGCUCCUGGCCAGGGAGGGAUGGCACCACUUGUACAUAGCCCUGUGCGGCAUUACCAGUGCGUUCGGCUCUGGGCGCCUGCUCUCUGUGUGUGUCUGUCUGUUUGCGAUAGCUGAACUCGCUUGUGCCCAGGCAAAUCGGAGCUCCUGUUCUUGGCCCUGGCAGCAGCCUCUGCUUACUCGUAGCCCCUCCAUGCCAUCCCCAGGGGGAUGGCCCGCUCUAUAUCGCAGGGGUGGGGGAGGGGGUGCUGGCACUCCUCGCUGGUGGUCCCCUCCAGCCCAGCAGGCAGUGUUACUAUUUAUUAGGUGUAUUACGGUAGCGCCUGGGAGUCCCAAUCCCGGAUGGGACCCCGUUGCCAGGGUCUGUACAAACACAGAACAGAAAGAUGGUCUCUGCCCCAAGGAGCUCGCAGUCUGAGACAGGAGCUGGUGCAGACAGAUGGAGGAGGCAGCAGCUAGAGCACUGGACUGGGGGAGCUUGGGUAGGUCACUUCCCCCUUUGGUGCCUCAGUUUCCUCAUCUGUAAAAUGGGAAUAGUGAUAGCACCUCCCAUUGUAAAGCACGUGGAGAUCUGCUGAUGAGAAUUGCUAGAUAAAAGCUAGGUGGUGUGAUGAGGACUGAGGCAGGGCAGUGGGAUCUGCGGUGCUCUUCGCACACCAGCAGCAUAACCCAAGGGCUGACAGCCCUUUGGCCUGACUCCUGCAAGCUGUGAAUAAACCCUGCCUGGGAACUGC